AUGGCUUCACUGGAGGAAGAAGAGGACCGUGACAUAGGAGGUAUGACUAUUCCUUGUUCCAAUGGCCCACCGAUCGAUCUCAACCUUGCUAACUACCCCCGCGACUCCCCAGGCUCGCAGGACGGAAGCUCCGAUAACGAGAACGACAACGAUAUGGACGACACUAUGCGCGACGUCGAUGAUGGUGAGGGCGACAAUGAAAAUGAUCAGUAUCAAGACGGGGACGGUGACCAAGAUCCCGAUAGCCCCUCAAAUGCAAGCCAGGUGUCGGAGGGCCCUGGCAUGCAACAAACCACCAAUGGCACUGGCGACAACAUCGUGUUUGAACCGUUCUCCAUCUAUCACCCAAGUGUGCGCCCCGAAUGCCUCACAGCCCGAAUCUACGAUGUGGUCCCAACCACAGCCGCGCCGCAUGCCACCUCGAUCAAUGCCAUUACAGCGACAGCCGAUAUGCGUUGGGUUUUCACCGGUGGAUCGGAUGGAUUCGUGCGAAAGUAUAACUGGGCAGACUCAAUAAACAGCAAGCUCAUGUUGACUGUGGCGCAAAGACACCCCUUCGUGGACAGUGUGGUCAAAGCGGGAGUCUUGAUGACAUAUUGGGAGAGCACGGAUGGCAGCCACCUAUCGCCGGUGUACUCUUUGGCUAGCCAUAGCGAAGGAUUGUGGCUACUUUCUGGGUUAGAAUCCGGGGCAAUUCGUCUGCAAACUCUGCGCCACGAAGAGGGCAAGGAAAUUGCGCUUCUGCGGCAACAUACCUCGGCAGUGUCAUCCCUGAACCUCACAUCAGAUGAAGAAUCAUUGCUAUCUGGGGGCUGGGAUAAACGGGUCUUUGACUGGGAUCUGAAUACUGGCCAAGCUAGACGAGCUUUCGGUGGCAGCGGCGGACAAAUAUCUGCUUUACAGAUUCGACCAGAGUCCAGCCUUCCGGUCCCUAAGGAUACAAUCGAAUCACAGCGGACCAAUGGCACCUAUACAUCAAACUAUGCCGCCCCUGGUACAGAUAACUUCACCUUUAUGGAUACCUCCCACGACAAUGGAGACGUGGGCCCGACCGAGAACCCGCAGGCGGGCUCCCCGGCCGACUCGCUCUUUGGUGGAGCAGACUCAUUAUUCGGUGACGCGGACGGUGGAGCUGCUGACAUUGGUGAGCCAUCCGGUGGAGCAUUUGGAGUAGAUGAGGACGACGAGUUUGGCCGCGCUUUAGCCAAUGGAGCUAUGCCGGAUGCCGACGCACCAGGAGAAGUUGAUGAUGAAAUGCCUGCCCAACCAGACGGGGGACAGGCACAAACCACACUCAAUGCACUGUCCAAGCAAACAAAUGCCCCUACAGGUGAGCCGGACCAGAAGACGGAGAUAAGCGAUGCAGACAUCUCGACUGGCCCAGUGCAGCCGGCUGUCAAUGGACUACCUAAAGCAGAGGAUCUUGAGACACCUCCACCAGCUCCGGACUUCUCACACAAUACACAACAAGAGCAAAGUGUGACGAGUGAUAAUAUGUUCUUGGCUGCUUCAAUUGAUGGGACAAUCCGGGUUUGGGACCGGCGACAGCUUGAUCCCGUCGCCCGCAUAACCCCCGAUAAUUCUCCUCCAUGGUGUAUGAAUGCUUGUUGGUCCCCCGAUGGAAAUUACAUAUAUGCCGGCCGACGAAAUGGAACUGUCGAAGAAUACAGUCUACACAAGGGUUUGAGAAAUGCUGAACGGACUUUCAAGUUCCCACAGGGGAGUGGGCCGGUGACGGCACUUAAGGCCAUGCCGAAUGGGCGUCAUCUUGUUUGCGCCUCCCACGAUAUCCUCCGUCUCUAUGAUCUGCAAAACGUGCAAGCUGACCAGUCUUCUCGCCAACCCCCAGUCCCCUUCUUGAUCAUUCCUGGUCAUCGGACGGGAACUAUAUCUCAGCUGUAUAUCGACAACGCAUGCCGUUACAUGAUCUCUACUAGCGGUAAUCGGGGCUGGGAAGGAAACACUACCGAAGUCCUCCUUGGUUAUGAAAUCGGUGUGCCGCAAUAG